CUUCACUGAGUCUGAUGCUGCCUUUGUAUCAUUCAGGAACACAUGUCAUUAGAUAACAGAGUCUUUUCUCCACAAGCUCUCAUCAUGAGUGUUCACUGUCCUCCAGUGGGUACAGUAAGGAUUAUACUAGAGUGGGUGAGGGUCCACGUGACACAAAAGUCAGCAUGAGGUUUAUUCGUAGGCUCCUGAUGGACAUCCGCGUACCUCCAGUUUCUUUUUAAAUAUAUGCACUGUGUGCCACAGGAGGUUAGCAUAUAACGAAUUAGCUAACAGGCUAUGUCACUCAGUUCAGUUGCUUCACUAUGUUGGUACUCAAAUUAUGCAACUGUAGAAUUAAAAUUUAAAGUAGUUCUCAUAAUUGAAACAUUGUGAAUUUGAGUGACAUUAUUUUGCUAAAAAUAUAAAUCAAAGUUAUAUAAAAAUGGGGGCGUUUCUUAUUUUUGCAAUUUCAGAACGCUCCUCACAACAAUAACAUUGUAUGAUUUUCAGUUCAUAAGUCUUUUAUCUAAAUACUUCACAAAACUGGCUACACACCUGGCAGACCAACCUGCUCACUUUUUUUUCACCAUGCAUUAUUGGUGCUGUUUUUGUCUUGAUUUUCCAGGACUGGAUGGCGACAAACAGACAUAAUUUGCUUCUCUCCCAUGUUAGAGGAGAUGUAUCCAGCCGUAAAAGAAAUGCAUUUUUUGUGCCUGGGACAGUAGGAGGCGUACUCCGUGUAUUUUAUGGUAUUAUGGACGCAUUAUUGACAGCUGUAUUGUAAUAGCUAUGGUAAUAGCUCUGGUCAUAGCUCUGGAGUGUGUGUGUGUUGUGUGGCAUUCAUACCAGAAUAAAGGCAGACAUGACAGCAAACUCAAUUCUGGUGAAAACAUAGAAUGGACAGAAACACUCUCACAAAUGAACAAAUAACAAAACCAAGAAGCAUGUCUUUGAUUUACAGAUUUUUUUUCUUCCCACUGCUUUCAAUGCAGCUGUAAUGCCCAAAUUUCCCCAACUGGGGAUAAAAGUUAAAAAAAUAAAUAAUAAACUUUCAUCUUAUCUUAUCUUAUCUUAUAAAAAACGGUGUUUACAAUCAGUACAUAUAAAUGUGAUUUCAUAAAUGUGGUUCAUAAAAGUGGGGGCUGAAAAACUCUGCUGCCCCCCCCACCCCGAAAAAUAAUAACAACAAAUACUGAUGCAUUUAUUGUAAUGCACGUAAUGUCCUCUAGAGGGCAGACGUCUUCUUUUCGUCAUCUACUCUGCAGUAAAACACACGAAGAAGACGAACGGGAAACAAUAACAAGGCUGUUUUACAACUUGCCCAGAGGGGAGAGGAAGCUUUCCAUUUCGGAGUACUAUGAAAAACUAAAAAAGUUCGUCAAGUUACUCAGAAGCAUGAUCAGCCUGAAGACUAUAGAGAGUCAGAUAUCUGCUGUACUGGAGAGUCUGGUGAAAGCGGCGGUGGCGGAGCUGAGCACACUUGUGGACCAGUGCUCGGCUAACGCUAUGGCCGCUCAGCACGGCUGUGCUCAGGCUCCAGUAACACCUGUGAAGAACAAAGAGGAGGAGAGCGAAGCGGCUCCACCGGAGGGGAGACAGCAGUUUAACACAAAUAUAACGAGCCAGUUUGCAUCCCUCAUGGAAACCUGGGCCAAAGGUGCAGUAGAGAAAAUAUUGAUAAUGUUGAAAGUCUCCAUGAGUGAAGCUGAGGAUGAUCCUGCGUCAGAGGGAGGGCAGAGGGCCGGGCUGAGCGACGGGACGAAACAGACGCGUGUGAAGCCGAAAGCGGGGUGUGUGGCUGCGUCCAAAAAAAAAUCAGCAUCCAGGAGGCCACGUCAGAAGAGAAAGAAAACUGACAGAGGACUUGAAUCAGUGAUUAGAAAGGAGAAUGACCAUAUGUAUUGCCGAGAGGAGCAACAUACUGAAGAACCAGCAGCAGCAGCAGCAGACUCAGAAACCAAACCUGCUGAUGCAGCUGCACGUGAGAGCAACUCUGGAUCCCCGUCUGAACCCAAAGCUGCGUUAACAGAACCUUUGUCUGAGCUGGCCUCUGAUGUAAGCGGGGAAGAUGACACCCAGGAGGUUACCGACACUUCAAGUACCACACAAAAGAUUAAAAAGAAGCCCACAGGGCCAUUCCAUUGUCCUUCUUGUAACAAAUCGUUUGCUCUGAAGUGUUUGAUGGACAGACACUUCCUGACUCACUCCAAACCUCACUUUUGCUCUGAGUGUGGCAAACGUUUUGCUGGGCUGCGGGGGCUCAUCGCACAUUCAAGACGUCACACCGGAGAGAAGCUUCACAAAUGCUCCGACUGUGGGACGGAGUUUGCUUACAAAUCUACCUUUGACAGACACAUGCGUCAGCACAGCCUGGAGAAACCGAGCACCCACACGUGCACCCUGUGUGAGAAUGAGUUCACUGGGCUGUUGGCGUUUCAGCGGCACCGCUGUUGCGCCUUGCAAAAGACGUUUGUGUGCUCGCUUUGUCCAGAGACCUUCGAGAGCAGACAGAGUUUGGCCGAUCACGAGAAUCAACAUUCAGGAGACAGAGAUUUUGUCUGCGAAAUGUGCGGCGAGGGUUUCUUCUCGUCCUCGUCCUUGGCCACUCACCGGGUGACUCACAUGCAAAAGGAAAACUACUGCGAUGUUGUCAGCCUCGGAUGCAGCGACCUGAGCAUCCUCAAAAAUCACACGAGCAAACAAGCCGGUGAAAAGCUUUUCUCCUGCGAGGUUUGCGGGAAAGGUUGUAGCCACCAGAGUGCCCUGAAGCACCACAUGCUGACCCACACGGGGGAGAGGCCGUACAUCUGCGAGACCUGCGGCAAGCGCUGCAGCCACGCCAGCGCGCUUCAGAACCACAUGAGGAUCCACACCGGAAAGAAACCGGGGCAGCAGCCCGUCUGCAACACGUGCGGCAAAAAAUUCCGCCGCACGAUCAAUCUCAAAUAUCACAUGAGCAUCCACACAGGGGAGAAGCCGUACACCUGCGAUCAGUGUGAUAAAAAGUUCAGCAACCCCAGCAAUCUCAAAUUACACAUGAGGGUUCACUCAGGGGAGAAGAUGUACGGCUGCAACAUCUGCGGCAGGAGGUUCACUCACUCCAGCAGCCUUAAGCUGCACAGACGGUUCCACACAGGAGAAAGGCCCUAUCAGUGCAUAGUCUGCGGGGAAGGGUUCAGGUACAACGGCGAGUUCAAGAAACAUCAGACAAGUCACCUGCCAGAUGGAGAUGGGUUGUCUGAAAAAACUGCAAUGAAAAUCUGAAACUUUUCACUGAUGCUUCCUGCAUGUUUACAUAUCAUACACUAGAGGCUGGGCAAUGUGACCAUGAAUACUGUGAGAUAAUGGAGACCUGGUGUCAUGAUCCUGUCUGUGCCUUUAAUAAUCCUGACUGGAUUAGACCCUGUAUCAGACCAUGCCAGGCGUCGUUGCAAGUGUAAAAGUAAUCAGAUUUACCAGGAACAAUGAAAACUUCUUACAUCUGGUUAUAUUGUCUAAAAAUAAAACUUUCUACAUCAGGAGGUAAAAUCAUGUACACUACAUGACCAAAAACCUGGUUUUUGAACAUGUCAUUCCAAAACACGAACAUCACUGUGCUGCUUCAACAGCCUCCACCCUUGAGGAGAGGGAUUUGCUCUCCUUCAGACACAAGAGCAUUAGUGAGGUCCAACACUGACUCACAGUCAAGUGUUCCAGUUCAUCCCAAAGGUGAUGGGGUUGAGGUGCAUGUGUGUGUUGUCAUUUUGAAAAAGGAACGGGUCUUCUACAGACUGUUGGAAGCAUACGGUAGCAUUAAGAUUUCCCUUUGUUUCAACUACAACUCCAUGAAGCAGCUCCAGACCUGAACAACACACACCUGGAGUGUCCACAUACUCUUGGCAAUAUAGUUUACACCAGGCUCGGCCUAUUGCCCACUCCUAACAACAUAUGGUCAAAAGUAUUUUGUUAAAAAGGAAAACGUAUGUAAGGGUUCAAAUUAACUUCUCAAAAAUA